AGACCCACUAUAUAUAAGACGGUCAGACAAGCAAUACCCACAGACCACAGCUCCAGGGAAACACGGCUAAUACAAUUUGUGAGAGGAGUUUUGUACAAAACAAUACUGAGUUAAGAAGGGAACAAGAUUGAGAGUGGAUUCACACAGUGCUUUGAACAAGGACAGGGUCAAAACAGACUCAUUUAUAAACUUGGUGCUCACCUAGUCACUUUAAAGCGCUAGCUGGAUAUUGGUUCAAUUCAACAAAACCGUUUAAACACUAAUGAGUGUGACCAACUCCUCUGCCUAUCGAUCGGAGCGCAGUUACCACCAGACAUCUUCCACUUCCUCCUCAUCCUCAACAAACCCAUACAUGGAGAAGAGCCGGGGACUUUUUGCUGAGGACUUUGGAUCUUUCAUGUGUCCAAACGAUGCUUUGGGAUUUCCAAACAGAACAGGGACAACUGGAAACAUCAAGACACUGGGAGACACAUACCAAUUCACAGUGGAUGUCCAAGACUUCUCACCUGAGGAUGUCAUAGUCACCACCUCAAACAAUCAGAUUGAAGUUCAUGCUGAAAAGCUUGCUACAGAUGGUACAGUGAUGAACACAUUUACCCAUAAAUGCCAGCUACCGGAGGAUGUGGACCCCACCUCUGUGAAGUCGUGUUUAGGGGCUGAUGGAACUCUCACUAUAAAGGCACAGAGACACCCUGCAAAGCUGGAGCAUGCACAGACGUUCCGCACAGAGAUCAAAAUCUAGAUAUUUCCCCUCAUGCAGUGUCUAAGCUCCUGUUUCACUGUGAUAACUGACCUUGAAAAUAGUUACUAAAUCCUGCUGUGUCAUUCCACCAUGACCUCCUCUCAUUUCUUCUCUGACUUGGAUGGAUUUUAACCCUAGAAAGCACAUGUAACAUUAACCCCCUAAAAUGCAUUUCUGGGUUAAAGUUACAUGCAACAAAUUACUCAUGUUGUCAAUGAAAAUACAUUUGACUUAUAUUUUUGGGGUGUUUUAAUUGGAUGAUAGGCCUAUAUUAAUCAAUAUAUUUUAUUCAAUGGAGUUUACAUACAUUGAAAGUGGAGUAAAUGAUGAUUAAAAGUCCCUUUGAACGGGAACGUUCCAAAAAUGAAAAUUCAUUCAUAAUUUACUCACCCUUAUCCCGUCCCAGAUGUGUAUGACUUACUUUCUUCUCCUGUACACAAAUUAAGUUUUUUAGAAAAUAUUUCAUGUAGGUUCAUACAAUGCAAGUGAAUGGUGGCCAGAACUUUGAAGGUGCAAAAAGCACAUAAAGGCAGUAUAGAAUUAAUCCAUACAACUCCAGUGGUUUAAUCUAUAUCUCUGAAGUGUUAUGAUAAGUGUGAGUGAGAAAUAGAUCAAUAUUUAAGUCCUUUUUUACUAUAAAACUCCACUUUCACUUCCACAUUCUUGUUUUUUAGUGAUUACAUUCUUCGUGGAUAUCACCACCUACUGGGCAGGGAGGAUAAAUUAUAGUAAAAAAAAAGGACUUAAAUAUUAAUAUGUUUCUAACCCACACCUACCAUACCGCUUCUGAAGAUAUGAAUUUGACCAUAUCUACAGUUUUGCAUGGAUCUACAGAGUUUAUAUAUUCUUCUAAAAAUAUUUGUUUGUGUUCAGCAGGGUUGGCAUGAGAUGGAGUAAAUAAUGAGAGAAUUUUUGGGUGAACUAUUCAUUUAAUAUAUAUAUAUAUAUAUAUAUGUAAAAGCAAAUAAUGUUAAAAACACUUUUUACAUGAUCAAAUACACCUUUACUGAGGAAUUCCACAUAUGCGUUCUGAAGUUUAUCAUGUUGCACGUAUUUAAAACAUUCAACACAAGUGCACUGCUAACUUCCCCUGCUAACUACACAUCAAAGAGCAAUGCAACUCAUUCCCAAAUGGUGAGAAAAUUUAUUAAUUGAACGGAUCAUUAUUAUUAUAAAAUAUUACAUUUUCUAAAUGUAAAACUGCGUUGUGUGUGAUUAAAAACACUUUUGAUUUA